CGCCCAUUCCACAAUGCAACAGAAAAAUGUCUGCGCCCUGGGUUUGUAACUGCAAAAUAAUUUGGACAUAUUUUUAGACGUUUUAAACGAUUCUUUCCAUAUCUGUCAAGAUGGUAGAAAUAAAUGAUUUGGUUACAGUUACCAGGUUUCCUGAUGGAUUUAAAUUUGCAUUGAUGAUACUGUAUUUCCCUAUUGGUGUGUUCCUGAUUGUAUGCAGAGUGUUGAUUGCCUUACAUACUUAUAUAAUUGUUUGUCUGUUCCCGAGGGGUGCCGCUAGAAGGCAGUUCGUUCGUGGUAUGCUGGGGGUGCUUGGUAUUCAUAUUUGGGUGGAAGAGGAUCAAAGCCCACAGACAGAGAGCCCAAAAGUUCUUGUGGCCAAUUAUACAUCAGUUCUAGAUCAUAUUGUCAUAGAUGUAGUCAUCAGUCAUUUUGUGCCUUAUCAUGGGAAUGUACCUAAAGUGUUCCAGUGGGUGCUUGGUUACAAGGAUCUUACAUCACCGCAAAGCAAGCAACAGUUUCUGGAAAAUAUGAAAAAGUUUGUACAAGAGCAAGAGUUUCCCAUUCUCAUACAGCCAGAAGAUGUUCCUACUAACAACAGUGUUGGAGUCCUUAAGUUUAACACACAGGCUUUUGAACUAGAGUUGCCCAUUCAGCCGGUGUCUGUCCAGAUGUCGCGGCUGUCAUUCCCAUGUGCUCUAACAACAAUAGAUGGUCCUAGAUGGACAGAUGUUCUCUGGUGCUUCUUUACGCCUGUAACUGUAUUUAAACUCAAAACACAUCCUGUAAUAAAGAGAGAGGAAGGGGAGAGUGUUGACGAUCUUUCUGAGAGAGUUCGGUCAGUGAUAGCAGAAGCUUUAAAUCUUGAAAAGACAGAAUAUACAGCUGCCGAUGUCAGAGAAUAUCGCAAAAAAUUAAAAGCUGAACCCCCGUCUCAGCCUAGAGGUGACUGUUUCAUACAGAAGUGACUUUUCCUAAAUUUA